UGCUACUCAAUUUACCUUGUACUGUACUGGGCUCACGCAACGCGAGCAGGCAUGGACACAUGAGCCAGAUGGAGAAUAUGCUGCAGACGUUGACGAUGUGAGGUUUGUCGAGCUGACGACGCAAGUCAGAAUGUUGUUGUGUUCAAUGAGCAGUCGGCCAAUCAGAAUUCGCGCGACGCGAUUGCCGGCUUCGUCCAUCACGAUCACGCCAGACAUCUCGCGUGUGCACCGACCAUUCGAGGAAUGUCAUCAGCCAGAGCUGCAGCGUUAUGCUGUGCGCCGACUGCUAGCUUGAGCAGAUUGAGUGUCCGGCCAAGCGUCGAUGCCGCUACUCAGGCUCUCAGGCGGCCUAAAACCCAGCAGUCACUAGGAGGCAGAUCUCGAGCGUUCUCCAGCACAUCAGCCCCGAUCGCUACAUCUCGAGACCGCCGUUUGGCCAGAUCUUAUGUUGGAAGAGCAUCAGCAAGCAGGCCGAGCGCGAUCAGGCGAUUUGCGACUCAUGCGGACAGCGAACUCAGCCAGGAACAAGUCACCGAGCGAGUCGAAGAAUCCGACAUCGAGCGUGCUCAGGACGAGUGUGAUGUAUGCAUCGUCGGAGGCGGCCCAGCUGGUCUGUCGGCGGCAAUUCGCAUCAAGCAGCAAGCGGCAAAAGAGGGCAAGGAAGUGAGAGUCGUCUUGCUUGAGAAGGGAGGCGAAGUGGGCGCCCAUAUUCUGUCAGGCGCCGUCAUCGAGACUCGGUCUCUGGAGGAGCUCUUCCCGGACUGGAAGGAGAAAGGCGCGCCACUUUACCAGCCUGCGCUGAAAGACUCGAUGCACUGGCUCACCUCAUCAUCGUCAAUCCCAAUCCCACAUCCACCUCAGAUGAACAACAAAGGCAACUACAUUAUCUCACUCAGCAAAUUGACGCGAUGGCUGGGAGAACAAGCCGAAGAGCUCGGCGUUGAGAUCUAUCCAGGUUUCGCAGCCGCAUCCGUGCUGUACACGGAAGAUGGCAAGGGCGUUCGGGGCGUCGUGACCAAUGAAAUCGGGCUCGACAAGGCAGGCAAGCCGAAAGACUCCUUUGAGCCAGGUAUGGAGUUCCUGGCUCGCGUUACUCUGUUUGCCGAGGGCGCAAGAGGACCGCUGUCUCGCAAAGUCAUCGACAAGCUCGGCCUGAGAGAAGGAAAAGAUGCCCAGACAUACGGACUGGGCAUCAAGGAAGUCUGGAAGGUCAAGCCAGAGAACCAUCAGCCGGGCAAUGUCGGACACACACUGGGCUGGCCGCUAAGCAAAGACACAUACGGCGGCUCAUGGACAUAUCACCUAGAGGAUGGUUAUGUGUCUAUCGGUUUGGUCAUUGGUCUUGACGUGCCGAAUCCAUACGUCUCGCCAUUCAAAGAGUUCCAGCGUAUGAAGCACCACCCUCACUUUGCAAAAUUGCUAGAAGGUGGCGAAUGCGUCGCAUAUGGCGCGCGAGUGCUCAACGAGGGUGGCACGCAAAGUAUACCGAAGCUGACGUUCAAUGGUGGUGGUAUCAUCGGCUGCUCAGCCGGCUUUGUCAACGUGCCCAAAAUCAAGGGCACGCACACUGCGAUGGGCAGCGGUAUUCUAGCCGCAGAUGCAGCAUUCGAAGCAGUCACUGCGGCGCAAGAGACCAAUGGGGAGGAGAUCGCGCCCAUCUCGAUUGAUUCGUACCAGACCGCAUUCGAUAAUUCGUGGAUCGCCAAGGAGCUGUAUUCUGUCCGCAAUCUUCGUCCUUCGUUCCACACCCGCGCUGGCGUCUACGGCGGUGUGAUGUAUUCAGGCAUCGACGCUUACUUGCUCAAGGGCCGAGUACCUUGGACGUUCCACCACCCUGGUCCGGACUCUGAGCAGACUCGGCCAGCGAGCGAUUUUAAGCCUAUUGACUAUCCUGCACCCGACGGCAAGCUGUCAUUCGAUCUACUCACAUCAGUCUCGCGUACUGGCACGAAUCACGCGGAAGAUCAGCCGAUCCAUCUUGGCAUCACCGACAAGCAUGCUUAUGUCGAAAAGGCCGUUGGCAAGUUUGACGGCCAACUCAAUAGACUGUGUCCGGCGGGCGUCUACGAGUUCCUCGACGUCGCAGAAGAGGGUGGCGAUGAGGAUGCGUGUGGCAAGCGCUUGCAGAUCAAUUCGCAGAAUUGUAUUCACUGUCAGACUUGCGCUGGCUUCGGCGUUGACUGGGUUCCUCCAGAGGGCUCAGGUGGACCUAAGUACAGCAUGACCUAG